CUGCAAGAAUAUUCUGAACCUCAAGUCUUGUUUGGAUAUUGGUAAAAGGUCCCUUUCAAUUUAAGGCUAUGUUUCUUAUUUUGAAUUCCUGAUAGUUCUAACUUGCCUAUAAUAAGCAAUGCAGAAAACAGGAACAACUAAGGAAAUGUUUAUCAUCAAAGCCCUUGAGAAGAUUCUGCAAGAGCGAGAAACCAAAAAGCCCCAUCAUUCUCAGCUGAGAAAAGCCUGCCAGGAUGCACUGGAGGAGGCCAAGGCGCAGUGCCAGCCGGCGGCAGCGCCCGAGGGCGUCAGCUCGGCCCUGCCGCUGCCCAGCCAGGAUACGGCCGGCGGCGGCUUCCAGGCCGACAAAUACCUGCUGCCGUUUGAGCUGGCCUGCCAGUCCAAGUCGGCCAAAAUCAUCGUCACGGCGCUAGACUGUCUCCAGAAACUGAUUGCCUACGGCCACCUGACGGGGGACCGGCCGGACCCGACGUCACCGACGGCAGGUCAGCGCCAGAUCGACCGUAUCGUACAGACCGUGUGCGGCUGCUUCACCGGCGCGCACACAGACGAGGAGGUGCAGCUGCAGAUACUGAAGGCGAUUCUGACGGUUCUAACGUCCCAGUAUGUGGAGGUCCACGAGGGUACUGUGCUACAGGCCGUCAGGACGUGCUACAACAUCUACCUGGCCAGCAAAAACAUCGUCUACCAGACCACGGCCAAGGCCACGCUCACACAGGUCAUCAACGUGCUGUUUAUGCGUAUGGAGACACAGGCCCAGUCGGCCGAGACAUCCGAGACCAACGGUCAGGCCGAGUCCGCGGACGCCGGCGGCGACGGCGGGCCGCCCGGCGCCCCUCCCGACGACCCCUCCUCUGCGGACGGCGCGGCGGACGGCGCUCCCCCCGACACCGCCGCCGCUGCCGGGGAGGGCGGCCCUCCGAACGGCGUGCCGUCCAGUCCUCCCGCCGGGGACACGGCCUCGGCUGGCUCGUCGGCCGACGGGCCGGCCGAGCAGGCGGCCGGCGCAGAGCCCACGGCCGAGACGGUCGUCCGGUCUAUCGUGGAGGAGCUGGUCGACAGCGCCGUGCCCUCCGAAGCCACAGCGUCUGUGAGCAGCGAGCCACGAGAGAACGGUUCGGAGCGCUCCAGUGCUCCCAACACGCCAAAAAUGAACCGCAGAAUGUCUCAGGGAAGCGAAGACGCCAGCGAGAGCGACAUGAUGACGGCCAAGUUCUCUCACAUCCUGCAGAAGGACGCCUUCCUGGUGUUCCGCUCGCUCUGUAAACUGUCGAUGAAGCCGCUCCCGGAGGGAACGCCUGACCCCAAGUCGCACGAGCUGCGGUCCAAGGUGCUGUCGCUGGAGCUGCUGCUGUCCAUCCUGCAGUCGCCCGGACGCGUGUUCACCUCCAACGAGAUGUUCAUCACGGCCAUCAAGCAGUACCUGUGCGUGGCGCUCUCCAAGAACGGCGCCUCCUCGGUGCCCGAGGUGUUCCAGCUGAGCCUGGCCAUCUUCCUGGCGCUGCUGGCCAACUUCAAACAGCACCUCAAGAAACAGAUCGAGGUGUUCUUCAAGGGCAUCUUCCUGAACCUGCUGGAGACGCCGAGCUCGUCGUUCGAGCACAAGUGGAUGGUGAUCCAGGUGCUGACGCGUAUCUGCGCCGACGCCCAGAGCGUGGUGGACAUCUACGUCAACUACGACUGCGACUUCGCGGCGGCCAACAUCUUCGAGCGGCUAGUGGCCGACCUGAGCAAGAUGGCGCACGGCAGACAGACGGGUCCGGAGCAGCUCGGCGUGACCGUCACCCAGGAGCGCAGCAUCCGACUGAAGGCGCUCGAGUGUCUGGUCGGACUGUUGAAAUGCAUGGUCGAGUGGAGCCGGGAGCUCUACGUCAACCCGCACUCGCAGACCAACCUCGAGACGGACCGAGAGACGGCUGACGAGCCCGUCCAGCCGGCCUCCCUGGCCACCUACGGCAGUCAGAACAGCCUGGCCAACAACACGCCGCAGCAGUACGAGUCGCUCAAACACAAAAAGGAGAUCUGGGAGCAGGGCAUCGACAUGUUCAACCGUAAGCCGAAGCGCGGCCUGGCGUUUCUGCAGGAGCAGGGCCUCCUGGAGGCCACGCCCGACUCCAUCGCCGCCUUUUUCCACGACGACCACCGGCUGGACCGGGCCGUGCUGGGGGACUACCUCGGCGACCCGGACCAGCACAACAGAGAGGUGAUGUACGCCUACGUGGACCGUCUGGAUUUCAACGACCGUGACUUUGUGGCGGCGCUGCGGCUCUUUCUGGACGGCUUCCGCCUGCCAGGAGAGGCCCAGAAGAUCGACAGACUCAUGGAAAAGUUCGCCAGCAGAUACUGCGAGUGCAACCCAAAUCAGAACCUGUUUGCCAGUGCCGACACGGCGUACGUACUGGCCUAUUCCAUCAUCAUGUUGACCACCGACCUGCACAGCGCUCAGGUCAAGCACAAAAUGACCAAGGAGCAGUACAUCAAGAUGAACCGCGGUAUCAACGACAGCAAAGAUCUACCCGAGGACUACCUGUCUCAGAUCUAUGACGAGAUCGCCGGCAACGAGAUCAAGAUGAAGGUCACGGCCAGCGCCAAACCCGGCAAACAGGUGGCCCAGAGCGAGAAGCAGCGCCGGCUCCUGUUCAACCUGGAGAUGGAGCAGAUGUCGCUGGCGGCCAAGUCGCUGAUGGAGGCCGCCAGUCACGUGCAGGCCGAGUUCACGUGCGCCACACACGUGGAGCACGUGCGGCCCAUGUUCAAGCUGGCCUGGGCGCCGUUCCUGGCUGCGUUCAGCACUGGUCUCCAGGACUGCGACGAUCCGCGCGUGGACGAGCUCUGUCUGGACGGGAUCAGAUGUGCCAUCCGCAUCGCGUGCAUCUUCCAGAUGAAGCUGGAGCGUGACGCGUACGUGCAGGCUCUGGCCCGGUUCACCCUGCUCACGGCCAACGCGGCCAUCACCGAGAUGAAGGCCAAGAACAUUGACACGAUCAAGACGCUGAUCUCAGUGGCGCAGACGGACGGCAACUACCUGGGCCACUCGUGGCUGGACAUUCUGCGCUGCAUCUCGCAGCUGGAGCUGGCGCAGCUGAUCGGCACGGGCGUGCGGCCCGGCCGGCUGGCGCACCCGGCCAAGGGGAAGACGGCCGACGGGGGGCACGGCUUCCACUUCCUGGAGAAUAUCGACUUCACCGGCAACGCGGAGCGCCGUCUGGCGAGCGUGGUCGAGUCGAUGGGUGAGACCAACUCCCAGAGCGUGGUAGUGGCCGUGGACCGGAUCUUUACCGGCUCCAUUCGACUGGACGGAGACGCUGUGGUCGACUUCGUGGACGCACUCUGUCACGUGUCCCGAGACGAGCUGGCCCAGCCGCAGCCGCGGAUGUUCUCGCUGACCAAACUGGUGGAGAUCUCCUACUACAACAUGGGCCGCAUCCGGCUGCAGUGGUCCCGCAUCUGGAAAAUACUCGGAGAACACUUCAACAGGGUGGGCUGUAACCCGGUGGAGGAGAUAUCGUUCUUCGCCGUCGACUCGCUCCGCCAGCUGUCGAUGAAGUUCAUCGAGAAGGGAGAGCUGGCCAACUUCCGCUUCCAGAAGGACUUCCUGCGGCCAUUCGAGUACAUCAUGAAGUCCAACAGGUCUCCGACCAUCCAGGACAUGGUGGUGCGCUGCGUGGCGCAGAUGGUCAACUCCCAGGCGCGUAACAUCCGCUCCGGCUGGAACAACAUCUUCAGCGUGUUCCACCUGGCCGCCUCGGGCAUGGACGAGAGUGUGGUCGAGCUCUCCUUCCAGACCACCGGCUCCAUCAUCUCGACGGUGUUCGAGAACCACCUGGCUAUCGUGAUCGACAGUUUCCAGGACUCGAUCAAGUGUCUGUCCGAGUUCGCGUGUAACGCCCAGUUUCCCGACACGAGCAUGGAGGCGAUCCGACUGAUCCGCAGCUGCGCGCGCUACGUGGCCGACUCGCCGCACCUGUUCCGGGACCAUAACAUCGAGGACAAGACGAUCCCGGAGGAAGACCGGGUCUGGGUGCGCGCCUGGUUCCCCAUCAUGUUCGAGCUCUCCUGUAUCGUCAACAGGUGUAAGCUGGACGUUCGGACGCGCGCACUGACCGUCAUGUUCGAGAUCAUCAAGACGUACGGCAUGACGUACCGGCAGCACUGGUGGAAGGACCUGUUCCAGAUCCUGUUCCGCAUCUUUGACAACAUGAAGCUGCCGGAACAGCAGCUGGAGAUUUUCGUGCACCCCGACAACCAGCUGGAUAAGGCCGAAUGGAUGACGACGACGUGCAACCAUGCGCUGUACGCUAUUAUCGACGUGUUUACGCAGUACCACGACACGCUGCAGCCGAUACUGCUGGAGCCGCUCUACAGCCAGCUGCACUGGUGUGUCAGACAGGAUAACGAGCAGCUGGCUCGGUCGGGUACCAACUGUCUGGAGAACCUGGUCAUCUCUAACGGCGUCAAGUUUCGGCCGGAGACGUGGGACCAGACGUGCCGCUGCAUGCUGGACAUCUUCAACUCGACGAUCCCGCACCAGCUGCUCACGUGGAGACCGGGCGAGGCAGGAGAGCCGCUCACCGAUCCAAAGUCCCCGCACAGUCCGACCGACUCGCCGUCCGAGAUUAUGGGCCGGGCAGACAGCAUGCACAGCAUCAACAGCAUCGGAUCGCAGACCAACGACGACAAAAACAGAAAAAUAAUGAAAAUGAAGGUACACCAGGACCACCAGCUAUUUGCCGGCCUGCUGAUCCGCUGCGUGGUCCAGCUGGAGCUCAUCCAGACCAUCGACAACAUCGUCUUCUUCCCCACCACCUCACGCAAGGAGGACGCCGAAAACCUGGCGCAGGCCCAGGCCGAGGCGCUGCGCCAGCGGCUCUCGGACGACGCCCAGCAGCGCGAGGACCAGGGCAUGUACCCGUACCUGAGCGCGCCGCAGCUCUUCCAGCUGAUCGACUGCCUCAUGCAGAGCCACCGGUUCGCCAAGCGGUUCAACGCCGACCACGACCAGCGGAAUCUGCUCUGGAGGGCCGGUUUCAAGGGUAACGCCAAGCCGAACCUGCUGAAGCAGGAGACGCAGAGCCUGGCGUGCGCGCUGCGCAUCCUGUUCCGGCUGUAUACGGACGAGGCCCGGCGCGCCGAGUGGCCUCAGGUGCAGCAGCGGCUGAUCGCCACCUGCCGCGAGGCGCUCGAGUACUACCUGAGCCUGCAGUCGGAGGCGCACCGGGACGCCUGGGUGGCGCUGCUGCUGCUCUUCCUCACCCGCGUGCAGAAGAUGGAUGAUGAGAGGUUCCGGGCGCACGCCUCCAACUAUUACCCGCUACUCUGUGAGGUCAUGUGCUUCGACCUGAAGCCCGAGCUGCGCGCCGUGCUGCGGAAAUUCUUCCUGCGCAUCGGCCCCGUGUUCAACAUCACACCGCCGGCAGCGACCACGUGACCGCCGGCGACCAAUCAGCGCUCGCCGACCGACAGAAGAGGCCUGUGAUUGGUGGACGGGACGGCAGUGUGAGUGGGUGAGUGGUCAUAAUAUGACUGGAGUCAACCAAUCACCGUUGUGUGUCCGGUUGUGGAGGCUCGCGAUUGGUGCGUCGGCCGGUCACGUGAUCGGUACCCGGUCAGCCGAGGUCCUUUGUUAGUUUUCUGAUCGAAUGGAGCUACGUCGGCUGAUUACAGACAGGCGUGUGCUCGUCGCAUGGCCAUGAGCCGCUGCCAUUGGCUAACGGACGACUGAAGCCGUCUGUGAUUGGCUAAUUGUCGAUGGACGCCGUCUGUGAUUGGCAAACGGACGACUUAAGCCGUCUGUGAUUGGCUAACGGGCAACCGACAGAGCUGCAAGAGCCGAUGAUUGGCUGCUAGCUGAACAAAUGAAGAGGAGAGUGUGAGUACAGAGAGAUGCCGUUCGUCAGGCCGGCGGUGCCCGUCCGACUCGCCCAAGUGCGCUGUCGGGCGGCGGGUGAAAAAAAAUCACUGCGCCUGUGAUCGUGUAUAAUGUAUAUAUACUUAUUAUCAUUAUUAUUCCCCAAUAGUGCCUGCUGUAAACACAGCUCGGGCGUCCGCGGGCGAGUAUUCCGUUAUUUAUGUUGAUUAUAUAGGUGAUUAUUCUGACGGGAACGUCAGACUGGUGAUCAUCCGCCAUCCAUAGGCAGCCCGGGACGUAUUUAUUGGAGUACGUAGCGUAGGACGGCCGGCUGAGGUCCUAUAGAGUAUCCUGUGCCGGUGGCCGCCCCGGUUACCCCCCGCCGGACGGAGCGGCCGGCCGGGCACCCUCCUCAGGCGGGGUACCGUGUAUCGUCCAGGAUUUCGUGCAAUGCCAUCCCCGUACAGGACUGUGUUGCUCGUGUGAGAGGGAAGUAUACACGCGUGUAGCACUGUUCGUAGUGUCCGUGUGAUCGGGCCCCAAUAGACUACGGGCUGCUGAAAUGUGUGCGGUUUCGACGCCCCGUGGGUCGCUGGAAUAGACGUGGUAUGACGUGGCUGGUAAUUCAACGAUGAGCUGAGGUCAGUUUUACCAACAGGAAAAUAGUCGCCUGCCGAAAUUGUUUGCCUAAAGACCGCUUCACAUACGGAGCGUAAAUGGUAAAGCCCUAUCCUCUUACGUGCCCAUCGCGUUUACGCUUUGAGUGUGAAGCGGUCUUUAGGCAAAAAAAUCGGCAGGCGGCUAUUUUUCUGUUGGUAAAACUGGCCUCUGAUCUUCUAUUCGAGCAAUUACUUAUAAUCGCGGGUGUUUGUUUCUCCUGUUGUUUUAAUCAGUUGCUCGUGAAUUUAUAUAGUCGUGUGUCAUAUUUGUUGCGCUAAGCACACCCCAGAAAUUGCCGAAUUAUCUUCUGUAGAUUAUUGUGCUCGCUCGGCGUAUGGUUUCGGCGGCCGGUGCUUUCUUACUUCAUGACCCCAUGGCGCCGGCUCUCCUGUCUCUGAAGGUGCGCUGCGGGUCCACCCAGGUCAGGUCACGGCCCGCCCGGCGCCGUACGACAACUCCCAUCCGUCCUGUGUGUAGUGGCCGGUCCCGUCGAGCCGUGGAGCGCCACCUGUACAGAGGGAGCUACUGAGGGGCGGAGCACGCGCCUCCAGACCGCUGGGUGGUGGCAGUCGCCGGGCUGAACGCUCCAGAUACAUUCCUCUCCCGCUAUAUAUAGUGUGAAUAGUGCAGUGUGAACUGUGAAACCAAUGAUGAGCCUUAGUUAUGCUUACACAUUUGAGUGUGGAUGAAUAAAAUUAUGCAAUCACA